AUGAAGAGACAGUUUUGUUUUAUACUCUUACUGGAGAUAUUUUUAUUAAUUUUAUUAAAUGGAAAAUAUGUGAAUUCAUUUGCUAUUGGAAUGGAGGAAUCUGAUAAUCAAGGGCUAUAUAAUGCUAGUGAUCAUGUAGUUAUUCUGAAUAUAACUAAUUUUAAAUCACAUAUUUAUAAUAGCAAAUCCAGCUGGAUGGUGGAAUUUUAUAGCAGUUGGUGUGGUCACUGUAUAAGAUUUGCUCCAAUUUGGAAAACGUUUGCCAGUAGUAUUGUCUCCUGGAGAACAGUAGUUCAAGUCGGAGUCAUAGACUGUGCUAAUGACGAUAAUAAUCCAAUUUGUCGAGAAUAUGAAGUUAUGCAUUAUCCUACGAUAAAGUUCUUCUCUGUAAAUUCGAAACCUGGAACAUUGGGAUUAGAAAUCAAGAAAGGAAAUGACGCAACAAGUUUACAGAAUUUGUUAAUUAAACAAUUAGAAAUAGAGCAACAGGAGGGACGAGGUUCUUCGUGGCCCAAUAUUGUUCCAUACAGAAAAAAUGAACUCGAGAGUAUUUGGAAAGCCGUAACGAACGAUGUAAAAUAUUGCUUACUGAUAUUUGAAACACCAGAUUCUUAUUUGGGAACUAGUGUGAUUUUGGACUUUCAAAAUCACUCGGAACUACACAUUCGAAGAGCAACGUCCGAAAAUGAAUUACUUUGUGUAGCGGCAAAAGUCACGAAAUUUCCAAGUUUAAUUCUCCUUCAACGAGAUGGUUCUCAAAAGCCAAUCAGUAUAAAGGACCAAACACGAGAAGGUUUACAAGAAACAAUCAAGGAUUACAUGCAAACUCUUGGAAUUCAGAUUAAAAUAUCAAACACAGAGGAGGACAAUUUGAAAGCAACGUCCGUUUCCGAAGUUAUGGAGAAAAUUCCAGAAGAGAAGAAUAAAAAUUCAGAAUUUGGAGACGUUGCCUAUCAGAUUGAUUUGGAGAAAGCUUUGCGUUACUCGAUUCUCCAUGAAAUUCCCCUGUCGAAGAAUAUCGAAGGCGAAAAGAUGAACGCCCUGAAGGCUUAUUUAAUGAUUUUAAAGUCUUAUUUUCCAAUGAAAAACAAUGGAGCCACUUUCUUAUCGUCUCUUUACAAAAUAAUAAAAGACAAGAACGAGAUAGCGGGUAAAAGUUUUCGUAAAUUAGUCACAGAGACUGAAAACGAAGUGAAUUCGGUUUAUUCGGGAAAUCUCGAGUGGAUUGGCUGUCGGGGAAGUACUCAGACCUUCAGAGGUUAUCCCUGUGGCUUAUGGACAAUGUUUCACAUGUUGACAGUGAAUUUUGCCAACAACAAUUACGACGAAGUGGACGAUGAUCCCGCUAAAGUUUUACGAGCAAUGCACGGAUAUGUUAAGAAUUUUUUCGGUUGCGCUGAAUGCUCACAACAUUUCCUCGAAAUGGCAAAUAGAAGUAAAAUAUUCGACGUGAAAAGCGAGGACGAAAGUAUUCUUUGGUUGUGGAGAGCACACAAUGAGGUGAAUAAAAGAUUGUCGGGCGAUCCUACUGAGGAUCCGGAGCAUAGGAAAAUUCAAUACCCAGGAAAGAAAGAUUGUCCCUCGUGUAGAGAUGAGAAUAAUAAUUGGAUCGAGAACGAGGUAUUGUUGUAUUUAAAGAAAAAAUAUCGACACGACAAAAUAAGUUUCUAUGGAAGUAAUAUUCAUUUGGAUAAUGAAGAUGAAAGUGAUAAUAAAAUAUUGAGUAGGAAAUUAGUGGCUAGUAGUGCUGUCAGUCAUCGACGAUUAGGCUGGGACUUUAAUAUUUUUGACAUUAGUAUCUGUGUUGUUUUGUACGUUAUUUCAGCUUCAAUUCUCAUUCUUGUCUGUAUAAAAUUCGCAUCGAGAAGAAGUCAUAAGAAGAAAAAUUACGUAUACUCUCUCUUCGGUAGAGUUUAAAGUUUGUUCCUUUUCAAGUGGAGACUCCGACUAUAUUUUUAACUAUAUCAACGAAAAUGAUUUAAAUUUUCAUUGAACUGAAGUUUACAACGUCAAACCUGACGAAUUUCAAAAUUAUUACUUAGAAAAUCGUCAGAUUUGACGUUGUAAACUGCAGUUCAAUAAAUCUUCCAUAAAAUUAUUUUUAUAGUAAUUUUUAGAAAAUAUUCUCACCCUUUUUGGAUUUUUUGUU